AAAGUAAAACAAUUACUCGAUAUUUUUCUUCUCUUUUUUCAUACAGACCAUUAUGUCUCAAGAAGCUCUUAUUGUUGUUGACGUUCAAAACGAUUAUUUUCCUGGAGGAAAACUUGUAAAUUCCAGACCAGUUGAGACUGCUGAAGCCUGUGCCCAACUCAUUCAUAAAUUCCGACAAGAGGGGAAAGAAGUCGUCUUUAUCCAGCAUUUUAUGAAGGACUAUUUAGAAACAACCUACCCUUUUCUUCUAAAAAAUACUCGUGGAUCUGAAAUACAUACUAGUGUCCAACCUUUGGCCACUGAAAAGAUUAUAACAAAGAAUGAAAGCAGUAGUUUUGUCGGCACUGAUCUGAAGCAAUACCUCGUUAGUAAAGGGAUCAAGAGAUUAGUGGUUGUCGGUAUGAUGAUUCAUAAUUGUGUAAAUGCUACAGUUUACUCUGGCGUCGAAGAAGGUUUUCCUUGUAUAGUUGUUGAAGAAGCGGUGGAUACAAUGGAUCAAGAAUAUAAUGGCGAACUUGUAAAAGCUCAGGAUAUCAAGAAAGCUUUCUUGACAGGUAUUCAGUUUGCAUACAGUACUGUCUACAAACUCCAGGAAGUUCUAGCUGAUGAGUAUGCUUAUCGUUCUAUUUAAAUAAAUAUCUCGAUUUACACUAUUGUUAAUGUUUUGCAAUGGGUCACCGUAUAACAGCCAUUUCUUCAUAAAAAAUCCCUUCAUUUUAUGCUAAUAGCCGAUAAAAAAAAAACGGGCACAUCUGAUUUUUUACUCAAAAUGAACAGUCUUACCAUCUAAAGAAGAGAUCUGCUAGCAAAUAU